AUGAUUGAAUUUUUGUUAAUGGUUAAUAAGCAAGGACAGACAAGAUUAAGUCAAUAUUAUAAUAAUUUAAGUAUUGAAGAAAAAACAAUAUUGGAAGGAGAAUUAAUCAGAAAAUGUUUAUCAAGAGUUGAUUAUCAGUGCUCUUUUUUGCAAUACAGAGAAUAUAAAAUUAUAUACAGAAGAUAUGCUAGUUUAUAUUUGAUUGUUGGUGUAACAAAUCAAGAUGUUAAUGAGUUUGCUAUACUUGAGAUGAUCCAUAAUAUAAUAGAAAUUUUAGAUAAAUAUUAUGAGAAUGUAUGUGAAUUAGAUAUUAUGUUCAAUAUAGAUAAAACUCAUUUUAUAAUUGAUGAAAUUAUUUGCAAUGGAGAAAUUUGUGAUAUGAAUAAAACAAAUGUACUAAGACCUAUUCUUUUAAUGGAUAAAUUUUCAUUGAAAAUGUGA